AUGGCUUCAACGAGGAGCUCAGGAAUCGACUACAACCAGCGGGAGAUAUCUCCCUAUGAGCAAUCAAGGAUUAUCAUCGUGACCAUUGGAAACAAAAACUAUUCGAUUCCAGAAAACUAUAUCCAAGCGCACCUACUACCGCAAACAAGACAGUCUAAGAAUCCACGUAUCAUACUUGGAGAUAUCGACUCGGAUAUUGGUCACUCUAUCUUGCAUUUCCUAUACAAAGGGGAAUACGAAACAAUCUCUUACGCGGACACGCAAGCCGAGACACAAUGCAUUGAGAUCGAAUACAAGAGAAGCAUCCAGGUCUACUACGCUGCCAGGAAGUUUGACAUAUGCGGUCUCGACACACUUGCCCAGAACUACAUCAUGGCUCUCAGUGAAUCUCUAUCCAUUUUCCAGAUCCUACGAGGGGCCAGAUUGAUAUUUUCAAAGCUGCCCGAAGAUGAAGAAUGGUUUCAUGACUAUCUACACUCCAAACUGUCUAGCAGCUUUGCAGCGGAUGAGACAACAUUCCAGCUGGACGAGUUCUAUAGCGAUAUCUUGAACGAUCCAGUGUUCAGCAAAGCGGUACUGAAAUAUGUAAUCAAAGCCUUCACCACCGAGACCUCACGUUUGCGAAACGCCCUCAGAGCUACCAACGUCGGCAGUAAGACAGAGAAAGAUAGUGGCGCGCCUUCUUGUGAACAACCGGCCACAGGGCCCCUAUUUGAGCCUCCUGGAAGCCGCAACAGAGGGAGUGGCUGGAUACCACCGCACAAAAGAUCUCGCGCCGCAAAUAAGUCAUCUACUCAUGAUAUAGAACAACCGUGUGGAGAACCAGCAAUCGAGCUCCUUCCGGCUGACAGUGAAGAAGCUACGUGA